AUGAGGCUCAGCAACGAGGAUGUGCAGGUGCAACUGAGUCGACGCAGACCAGGUCAGAGCGACUUGACCACUCCCGUGAGUGCGCUCGCGUCUUCUUGAGCACCCUUGGCCCCAGCCUGUGCCUGUGCCUGUGCUCACGCUCUCUCCCCAUCCGUCUCUUACACGCGCUGCUGCUCUCGCCCAGCGAGACGAGAAGGACAAGGUGAGCAUCCAAUCCGGCGUAGAGAAGGGCGUCACGCUGGGUACGCCCAUCAGCAUGCUAGUCAAGAAUCAAGAUCAGAGACCUAAAGAUUAUACGGACGAGACGUUGGAUCUGUAUCCGAGACCAAGCCAUGCGGAUUGGACGUAUCUGGACAAGUACGGGGUCAAGGCCAGCUCGGGAGGUGGCAGGAGCUCGGCAAGGGAAACGAUCGGUGAGUCAAAGCGCCAGCUGAAGAGUGUACGGGCUGACGAGGUCACGUCGUGAGCUGCAUGUAUGCGCCAUUCAGUGCAAGGAAAGGGUGGGACGGGGCUGAGUACCGCGCUCAGGCUUCCGCUAGCUAUUGCCGUGUGCACUGCUGAGCUGAGCACUCUCAAAGCUCGAUCAAUUGUUUUAUCGAUCGCUCACCAAGGCUGACGCCCGGUGUCCGCUCUCCUCUUAGGCCGAGUCGCCGCGGGAGCUGUGGCAGAAAAGUAUCUUUCCGAAGCAUUCGGCGUCGAAAUCGUCGCUUUCGUAUCCUCUGUCGGCGCCGUGCACAUACCUCGCUUCCCUGGAGAGAAGCUGGCUUCAGAAUCAUCUGCCUCCAAAGCCACUUCCUCAACCGAUGCGGCAAUCGGCUCACAUGCUGGAGCAGUGGAUAACACGCUGGAUCUAAGCGGGUUGGACGAGGAGGAGAUCCAGGAACCGCUGAGUAAAGAGUUCAGAAACUUGCUUGACAGAGUCACGAGACAAGAGGUGGACAAGGACGAUGUGCGAUGUCCCCAUCCUUUGGCUGCAGAACGGAUGAGACAGGUGAGCGAGCCAACAAGCCACGUCAAGGACCGCGAAUGCUAAGGAGCUGAUGCGUGGUCCACUUUUGGCCGUGUACCUUUCCCAGCGCAUUCUGCUGGCCAAAUCCAAGAACGACUCGAUAGGCGGUACAGUGACAUGCGUCAUUCGCCGUGUUCCAUCGGGGCUGGGGGAACCCUGUUUCGACAAGUUGGAAGCCAAGUUGGCCCACGCCAUGUUAUCCAUCCCAGCCACCAAAGCAUUCGAGAUCGGAUCUGGCUUCAGAGGUACUGAGGUGCCCGGCAGCAAGCACAACGACGCCUUUGUUGAAAAGAAUGGCAAAUUGGGAACAGAGACGAAUUGGAGCGGAGGCAUUCAGGGUGGCAUCUCUAAUGGCGAAGAUAUUUAUUUCAGGUGAGUCCGCAUCGAUGAAGGGACAGCAUUCGCCGCUGCAAGAGCGCCGAAUGUUUUGGUCGUUACUUCUCCCCGUAAGCAGUCGCUGAUCGCAAAGCUCUGCUUUAUCCUGUACACCCUUCGUGCCCCUUUGCGCGCGAUCAACGCAGAAUCGGUUUCAAAUCGCCCGCCACAAUCUCUCAGGAUCAAAAGACGGUUUCGUACACUGGCAAAGCAGGCGUACUCGCAACGCGGGGCAGACACGAUCCAUGCGUCGUUCCUCGCGCCGUGCCAAUCGUGGAGAGCAUGGCAGCCCUGGUGCUCAUCGACGCUCUUUUGGCUCAGGACGCUAGACAUUUGGCAGCGACUAGGCUAGACAGACGCAAUGUUCUCGAUCUACCAAAGAGCAUGCGCUUGGAGGAAAAGGUCAAGCAGGAAGCUUCAAAGUAG